AUGCUAAUCACCCAAGAUCUUCAACAUAACCUGUUUCUGCUCACUUUCGACGAUAAACUCGGCUUAUCACCGCCAAACAAACCAGAUACCAAGGUUAAGCAUGUUCUGGAUGUCGGGACAGGCACUGGCAUCUGGGCUAUCGAUUAUGCGGAUGAGCACCCUGAAGCUCAGGUAACGGGGGUUGAUCUUUCGCCAAUCCAACCAGACUUCGUCCCACCGAACGUGAACUUUGUUAUCGAUGAUAUUGAGGAUGAAUGGACUUACAGUCAGCCAUUUGACUAUAUCCAUAGUCGUGUCAUGACAUCUUGCAUUGCAGACUGGGGCGAUUAUCUCAAGAAGUGUUUCGGCAACCUUGUCCCUGGUGGCUAUCUGGAGGUCCAAGAAGUCGACGUAAAUAUGAAGUCAGAUGACGGCAGUCUCCGCCCGGAUAACAUCAUGCUUAAGUCUCUUUCCCUGCUGAAUGAAGCGUCUGUUAUGUUCGGCCGACCAUACCUUGAUAUCCUUUCUCUCGUGGACAUCAUGAAAAACAUCGGCUUUGAGGAUGUUGUUGUUGAGAAGUUCAAGUGGCCCAUUAAUCCCUGGCCCCGAGACAAGAAAGCCAAGCUACUUGGAAGUUGGUGCUAUACCAACAUGGCUUGCGGUCUUGAAGCGUUCACGAUGGCACCAUUGACUCGUGCUCACGGAUGGACACCCGAGGAAGUCAAUCUCUGGCUGGUCCAUCAGCGGAAGGCGAUGGCUGAUAGAAACACUCAUGCCUACUGGCCGCUCUAUUCGAUCUAUGGAAAGAAGCCAUCAAAGGAGAACUAA